CUGCAUCUCUUUCCCCUAAAUCAAAUUGAAACCCUAGAAUUGAGAUUGCUCUCUCUCCCCAAAUCAAGUUGAAACCCUAUAAUUGAAAUUGAACUCGCCACCGUCAUUCGCGACUCCUCUUCCACCACCGCGGGCUAUCGUCUUGCACCACCACUCAACGUCAAUCGCUCUUCCUCUUCCACCACCGUUCAAUCCUGUACAAAGCGCUCGGAGAAGCGUAUUAUUACAACUGGCCUGUCUACUUCCCUUAGGCUUUUGUUAUUGUUAUAUUGAACAAUGAGACUGUACCCUGAAGACAAAAGUUGGGGUUAACAAGCCAGAAUUGCUUCUUGAAGUAUUCACUCCAGUGAUUGCCGUAGCCGGGUUCCUAUCCGAUGGGCAGGCAGCAAAUUAACUAGCGAGGGUAGUUACGGAAGAUACUGUCAGUAUUAAUUAGUCUACAUACAGUAAGUCUGAACUUGAAGUUGGUGUUGCAUCAAAGUACCAAGGAUGGAAGAAUGCAGUAAAAAAAAAUUAGAGGACUCUUAUUCUUCUUUCAAUGUUGUGGAGGAUAAUCAUUUUGAAGAAAUAGAAGAUACAAGAAGUGCAAAGAAGGAAUGGGAGCCUAAGACUGGAAUGGUUUUUGAUUCAUUUGAUAAUCUCGUCCAAUUCUACAGAAGCUAUGGGAAUAAAAUGGGUUUUGAAGUUAUUAUACGAUCUUCAAAGAAAGGAGAUGAUGGAGAGGUGAAAUACGCGACACUGACUUGUUCUUGUACUGGGAAGUCGAGCAGUAACUCCAGAAAUGCUUUUAAAAUGCAUCCAAUGACAAAAACUGAUUGUAAGGCUCGGAUUGGUGCAUCUGUACGUUUUGAUGGAAAAUGGCAAAUAUGUUCAGUUGUCUUUAAUCAUAACCAUGAGCUUUGCAGUCCUGACAAAACUAGAUAUUUCAAGAGUAAUCGAAUAAUGCAUCCGUCCCUGAAAAGGAAGUUUGAAGUGAAUGAUAGGGCUAAGGCUAGGACUAGACCGAAUAAAAAUUUCAAUUCCUUGUUAGUUGAAGCAGCUGAGGCUGAGGAUUUGCCUUUAGUACAAAAAGAUUGUGAGAAUUACAUUGAAAAAGUCAGGAGGCUACGACUUGGUGCUGGAGAUGCUUCUGCAAUCCAAAAAUAUUUUUUGAAAAUGCAAAAUGAGAAUUCAAAUUUCUUCUACAUAAUGGAUUUAGAUGAAGAGGGCCUAUUAAAGAAUGUUUUAUGGGUGGAUGCAAGAAGUAGGGUCGCAUUUAAAGAAUUUGGUGACGUUGUAACAUUUGACACAACAUAUUUGACCAACAAGUAUGAUAUGCCGUUUUGUGCUUUUGUUGGUGUUGAUCAUCAUGGUCAUUCAAUAUUGUUUGGUUGUGGGUUAAUCUCCAAUGAGGACACAGAGACAUUUGUAUGGCUUUUUCAAUCUUGGCUUGCAUGUAUGUUGAAUUGUGCUCCUAAGGCAAUAAUCACUGAUCAAGAUAAGACAAUGCAAAAUGCAAUCGAGAUUGUGUUUCCUGGUAUACGACACAGAUGGUGUUUGUGGCAUAUAAUGAAGAAAUUGCCUGAAAAGUUAAGAGGUUAUAGUGAAUAUGAAUAUAUUAAGUUUUCUUUGCAAAAUGCCGUGUAUGAUUCAUUGACACGUGAGGAGUUUGAAGAACAUUGGAAUAGUUUGUGUGAUAAACACAACCUUCAAGACAAUCAUUGGUUACUUAGAUUGUAUAAUGAAAGACAACGUUGGGUGCCAGCUUUUGUGAAAGAUUCUUUUUGGGCAGGUAUGUCUACUACUCAACGCAGUGAAAGUAUGCAUGCAUUUUUUGAUGGAUAUGUUAAUUCAAAAACCACUAUAAAACAGUUUAUGGAACAAUAUGAGAAUGCAUUGCGUGAUAAAGUAGAAAAAGAAAGAGAGGCUGAUUUUAAAUCUUUCAAAUCAUGGAUCCCUUGCAUAAGCACUUAUGCUAUUGAGAAACAAUUUCAAGAUGUAUAUACCAUUGCGAAAUUCAAAGAGUUUCAACAAGAGCUUGCAGCUAAGCUCUAUUGUGAAUUAUCUUCUUUCAAUGAAAUUGAUUCCUAUACGGAAUUUAUAAUAGAAGAAGAUGUUAUGGUCGGAGAGACUCAUCGUCGUGUUCCUUUUGUGGUUUGCUUUUAUGAAGCAACUUGUGAUGUUCGUUGCAAUUGUCGAUUGUUUGAGUUUAGAGGAAUUUUAUGUCGACAUGCAAUUGUAGUGUUGAUUCGUAAGCAAAUUUCUAACAUACCAGAAAAGUAUAUUUUAAGGCGGUGGAGGAAAAAUAUAAACAGAUGCUAUACCAAGGUUAAGAUAAGUUAUAAUAGUUGGAGCACCAAUCUUGAAGGACAACGAUUUGAUCAGUUGUCUAAUUUAUUCAGCACUGUAGCAAAUUUGGCAUCAAACAAUGAGGAUGAUUGUAAUAUGGUGAUAGAAAUGAUGAAUGAUAUGAAGAACAAGUUGAUGUCGAAUGAAAGUGUUGGUGGGAUUGAUAAAAGACUAAACAUGUCAGCUAAUAGUAGAACGAAUUGUGAAAGUAUUGCUGGUACUUCCAAAGAUGUCGAAUCCUAGUCUCAGAGUAGGAUUUAAUCUAGCAACUCAGGGAUUGAAAGAACAUGAGUUUCAGGAAGUCGGAUGCUCAUGUUCAUCGGCUAAAGGGAAGCAGCUCCAGGUGCUUAUGGUUCUUUAGUUUUCUUUCCUUUUAACCCUUAUUUGUUUCCCAUGAAACUCACACAAAAUCAUGUAACUGCUUGGGUGUGGUUUCAUUGCUGCUUGCUAUAUUUUUGCUUGGGGGUGGUUUCUGGACAGCUGCAGGUUGAUAUUGUGUGUAUAUUUUUACUUGGCGGUGGUUUCUGGGAAGCUGCAGGUUGAUAUUGUGUGUAUAUUUUUGCUUGGGGGUGGUUUCUUGGCAGCGGCAGGCUGAUAUUGUGUGUGUGUUUUUGCUUGGGUGUGUUUCUUGGGCAGCUGCAGGAUGAUAUUUGUGUCUAUAUUUUUGCUUGGGGGUAGUUUCUGGGCAGCUGCAGGUUGAUACUGUGUAUAUUUUUGCUUGGGUGUGGUUUCUGGGCAGCUGCAAGUUGAUUUUGUGUUUAUAUUUUAGCUUGGGGGUGGUUUCUGAGCAGCUCCAGGUUAUAGCCUGUGGGUAUGUUUUUGUUUUGAAAAUACUGCAUCUUCUCUAGAUUUAUUUCUCUACUUAUGUUGAUUGUAGCUUGAGAAACAAAUUCUGGAAGCUGGUGGGACUAUUCCUAUGCAACGAAAUGAAGUAGAUUUGUGAUCAAUCUGCGGAAAAAAUUAAAUAAGCUAGUGAUUAGUAUGGAUCAGUUGGCUUUGUGGAGAAAGUACUUUUUCUUUCUUUGUUCAUUGUUGUUGAGUCAGUUGUAGUUCAUGUCAGAAAGAUGUAAGCUACCAGAGAGGGUUAAUCUGCCUUUGAUCUUAAUUAAGCUUGUGUAUUAUCAUCUAAUGUAUCAGCAACAAACAUUUUCCAGAUGUGUAUUAUUCUUUUCCAUUGGAUUGCUUAUAAACAAUAUGCUGCAACUGGAUUGCUUAUAAUACACACACAAUUGCAUUUGCAGCAUCAAAUUGAA